GAGCUAUCGUGCUGAGUUAGCUUUUUUCUCUCUCUCUCUUCUCUUGACAGCUUCGCUUCGGUUUCUCUCUCAAUGCUGCUUCUUCCCAUCUGAGCUAGAGAGAGAGAGAGAGAGUCACAGAGUUACGUUUCACAAUUCACAGAGAUUCGAGAGAAAGGGAGAGUGUGUGUUUGCUCAACCGAACCAACCGCAAUGGUGGCUUCAUUGGAUUCGUUCCUCUUCUCUCUGACCAGAGCCUUUUGCAGUCCCUUCGCCGUUUUCAUUCAGAUCCAGGGAUGUGUGAUUUGCUUAUUACUUGCUCUUGGGUGGGCUCUUGCUGCUUAUGUCAGGAACAGAGAAAUAAAACAAAUGAAGGCUGAGAUGAAGAAUGGCAAUAGCCUUUCUUUCCUUUAUCAUGACAUUAAUGAACUGGAGCACUUCAAUCAGGUCAAUCUUCCAAGAGUAACGGUAGUUAUGCCCCUAAAAGGGUUUGGAGAACACAAUCUCCAUAAUUGGAGAAGUCAGAUAACAUCUCUUUAUGGUGGCCCUCUAGAAUUUCUUUUUGUGAUAGAAAGCACAGAGGAUCCUGCUUACCAUGCUAUAUCACGACUAGUAUCAGAAUUUCAGGAUGAUGUUGAUGCUAAGAUUGUUGUAGCUGGUUUGUCGACAACUUGUAGUCAAAAAAUUCACAAUCAAAUGGUUGGAGUGGAGACAAUGCAUAAAGACAGUAAGUAUGUGUUGUUUUUGGAUGAUGAUGUUAGGUUGCAUCCUGGAUCAAUUGGAGCGCUCACUCGUGAGAUGGAAAAGAACCCUGAGAUAUUUAUUCAAACUGGAUACCCUCUUGAUCUGCCAUCUGGAAGUCUAGGGAGUUACUGCAUCUAUGAAUACCAUAUGCCGUGUUCAAUGGGCUUCGCCACUGGUGGAAAAACGUUCUUUCUUUGGGGAGGGUGCAUGAUGAUGCAUGCUGAUGACUUUAGGCAAAAUCGCUAUGGUGUAGUCUCAGGACUUAAAGAUGGUGGAUAUUCUGAUGAUAUGACUCUUGCAGCCAUAUCUGGGGCUCAAAAAAGGCUUAUUACUUCUCCCCCAGUUGCUGUCUUUCCUCAUCCCCUUGCAAGUGAUCUUAAUUUUGGAAGAUACUGGAAUUACCUGAGGAAACAAACAUUUGUGUUGGAGUCAUAUAUAUCAACAGUUAACUGGAUAAUGAACCGUGCAUUGUUUACGGUACACUGCUAUUUGUCAUGGGGAUUUGUAGCACCAUAUGUUAUGGCAUUGAUUCAUGUUGCGGCAGCAUUAAGAUUUUACAGUAAGGAGUACUCACUUGAAGAAAUGACCUACACUUCUGGUGGGUUAUCACUAGUGGCCCUCCUGGCCGUAUGUACUCUUGUCGAGCUUCUUUCAAUGUGGAACUUGACAAGGAUAGAAGUUCAAUUGUGCAACAUGUUGUCUCCAGAGGCACCACAACUUUCUCUUGCUUCCUAUAAUUGGGGUCUUGUUUUCGUUGCACUGAUUGUGGAUAACUUUCUAUACCCUGUAUCUGCGUUUCGCUCUCAUUUGUCCCAAUCUAUCAACUGGUCUGGUAUUCGGUACUAUUUGAAAGAUGGAAAGAUUUUUAAGAUUGAAAGAACUCAGGGAAGCAAGGACAUGCCUCCAGUUUUCACAGACUUGGGAGGAAAACAUUUAUAUGGAAAGAAAGGGAUGCCCACAAGAGGUUCAUUCCUCAGUUCAUUGUCUAGAACUCUGGCACAAUGGCAUCAGCCAAAGAAAUUUGAUAACUAGGAAAGAUCAUACAGCCAUCGAAAUCUGUUUCUUUGACUCACUUGGGAAGCAUUGGUGUUGGGAGAUCAAAUUGAUCUUUAUUUAUUGGUUGGUGCAUUCAUGAUUGGUUGUUUUAGAGUGUGUAGGAGGUGCCCUAGUUCCAUUUUUUCAUUGCUCAUUCAAUCCAUAUCAUUCUUCAGCCCAAGCCUUCUCCUUGGGCUUGAUUUUGUAAUUGUAACAUUUAUGUGAUUUAGUUUAUGUAAUAUUGUACUCAAGAAUUGCAAAAUUUGUAUACAAGUAGCGAUUCGCAUUA